UACUAGCCAGUAUCUGGAAUCAGUCCUAUAUAACUCUGAACACCACGCCAAUUUACAGGAAACUCUGGAAACCAUAAGAUAUAUUUUGGAAUCAACACAGUAAACAAUACCUCCCGGUAAACUUCGGAACCACGAACAGGAGAAACCCCACGGCAAACAAGUCAUGUUAUCUUCCCUAGCCUUCAUCGUCAUCAUCGCCACAGCCGGCAGAGUCGAGUGCUCCUGUCGUGAAAUAUCUACAGACGAUGAAAUUAUAAACCAGUGUGUAAUAGAAAAGGUCAACGUGACUCUCAGGAUAGGAGAGGUAGAAGAAAGACUUCACCCCGAGUGUAAGGCAUACAAAUGUGUCGAGGAGAACCUGGUCAACAUGUGCGGAAUGGGAUAUAAUGACGAAAAUCAAUAUGGUCCUGACAGUUCCGGUCCGAAAUGUACGGAGACAAAGAACCCGGAUUGUAGUGUCACCGUGAAGUGUAUCGACGAGCCCUCGUUUAUCAUAGCAGAUGAGAAAACGUCAUAUGACAUAUCUCCUGUCGGUUGAACUUGGAUUUUGUGUCUUAAAUGGGAAAUUGUUUUUGUUUUACUUUUUCGUUAUCUCGAAACUUCUAGUUUAACUUCUGGUUUAAAUGACGUCCAUGUUUAAAUUCAUCCGCUUUUUGGUAUGAUCAAGUGAUGUCAUCUUUGUGACUUAUCACAAUGUACAAAUGUAGGUAUGUAUAUUAUACCACUACCAGUACAUCUGUACUUACCAUGUCUGUUUGUCUAAAUUAAAGGAUAAUGAUGCUCCAGUACUUAUCUCCGACCUUAUUUGUGUAUAUUUUAUGAUAGAAAGUGUUCUGUUAUUAACCGACCAAACUUGUUUAAUACUACAGUAAGGACCGCUACCGUAUUUGUUUUAAUUAUGAUAUAAAGAGGGCUUAUAUAUUAUAUAAUAAAUAACUAAGAAUCUUUGGAAAUGUCAA